UAGGAAGAAGAUGUACAAUCUGACAUGGCUCCAGAAGUCAGCUCAGACAGGGCUCCAGUAGUCAGCUCUUGGAUGAGCCAGUCCCAUCCACCGUCCCUGACCAAAUCUCUGAGAUUAUCAGUGCAACUGGUGGACUGCUGUGCAACACAAGCAUGGAAAAGGACACAAGACUGCAAGACUGAGAAAGAUGAAGAAAAACCCAAAACUGCUACACAUCAGCCAUGGAAAAGGACACAAGACUGCAAGACUGAGAAAGAUGAAGAAAAACCCAAAACUGAGAUAGACGACGGAUCCCAACCGUCUUCGUCUGCAGCCCUCCCGGAGACUACAACAACGAAACAUCUGAAAUGUUCCAUUUGUGACAAGAGCUUCAAUAACAAGCGGAAUCUGAGAGCACACGAGCGGCUCCAUCAAGGGAGUCCGUAUCAGUGCCCCCUGUGUGCAAAAACCUUCUCCAGAAAGGAAGGUUUGAACAAGCACCAGCUGGUCCACACAGGAGAUAAGCCCUUCUGUUGUAUAUUGUGUGGCAGGGGCUUUGCUCACGAGUGGAACCUGAAGCAGCACAAGAUCACUCACACUGGGGACCGGCCCUAUCGCUGUGGUCAGUGCGGAAACACGUUUUCGCAGGCGUCGAGUCUCCGAGCGCACAAGCGCACUCACACGGGAGAGAAGCCGUAUCACUGCCUACAGUGUGGCAAGCGCUUUUCACGAGGAGGGAAUCUCAAGGUGCACCAGCUCACGCACUCCGGAGACAAGCGCCACCAAUGCGGACAGUGCGGGAAAAGCUUUGCGAUCGCGGGGAAUCUCAAGCAACACAUGCUUUCUCACACCGGAGUCAAACGGCAUCAGUGCGGACAGUGCGGGAAAAGCUUUUCCAUCGCAGGAAACCUCAGGACACACCUGCUCAUUCACAGCGGAGAGAGGCCCCACCAGUGUGACCAGUGCGGACUACGUUUUUAUACAGCAACGCACCUUAAAAGGCACCAGGCAGGGGCCUGCAAGACCACCGAGCGCUUUUGCCAGGCCCAGGACAAAUCCAUUUGAAAGCCCCCACCCACCUUCCCCCGCUCAAUUCAUUCAAUGUACUGAGGACCCAAUUCUGGGCCCCAUGUCUACCUGGGCCCGGGACAACAGACCUCUUUGUUCCCCCUGCGUCAGCUUCCCUGUGGGCCUGUACGGGGAAUGGACGUUGACCCACCCAGAGCCAUGGAACUCAGAGUUGUGAUUAGCGGGGAACAGGAAGUCGUUUGGUGACGUGAUUCACGUAGAUUCAAAUAGUUUUAGGCAGCAGCUUUUCUGGUUGCUAGAGACCAACACAGAGCCACUAAAUAACAAGCAAAGAUGAAGUAGAAACAAAUAACAUUUACGCAC